AUGAAGCGAAGUAAAUCCUACACGUGGCUAUCAGGGCUGCUGAAGCCCAAGCCAGAGGAGGACGAGUGGGGAGCGGCGCCGUGGGUGCGAGCUGAAGUUCUGCAACAUGACAGAACAAAACCGCAGACCGUCGCUAGUACAGUUGUGGAGUCUCCGUACAUUGCCGGAGGCAGGCGGCAGGCGGCAGGCGACACGCCGCGCACCGGCCCGAUUGUAAAGUCUAUAGUAACACAUUUUACUCUUAUAGUC